AUGAACCAGACUUUGUAAGUCUACAAUUAAAGUGAUUAGAAUGGCCUAAGUUCUAGAAAUAGCUCUCAACCUAUUCGAACUCAAACCUUAAGAUACUUGUAGAUUAAAAACAAUAUAGUUAAUAGAAAUGACAUAAAAAUGAGCUGCAUUGAUACAUCUAGGAAAAUUCUCUUCAAGCAGAUUUCUAUUAAUACUAAACUGUAAGAGCUAGAUGGAAUUGAAAAUGAAAUGAUAACUGAAAGAGAUAAGCUUUAUGAUGCAUAGGAUUCAUUGUAAAUAGACGGCCUAAAAUUCAAGAACUUCCAAGAAGAAGAAGAGAUUAAGAAGCAGUAAAUUGAGCUACAGUCAUUGAUAGUAAACGAAGAGAAGAAACUGGUAGACAGUAAGCUUGCCAGGCUUGAAAAUGAGAUUGCUUUUGUUGAGCAUGAAAUCAAGUAAACUCAGGAGGAUAUCCAGCCUAUGAUAUAUUCUAAGAAGUUUGUCAAUGAUAUAGCAGAGGAGUUUAUAUACUCAAGGAAUAGGAAUCUAUAGACAUUUCAGCAGCAGAAAAGAGAACUUACCUUUGGCAAGAAUAAUAGUCUUAGCAAGGCUAGUCUGUAUUCUGGCUCGAACACUUUCCUGACUCAGAAUUAGCAAUAAGAAGAUAGCAAUAUAAUAAAAUAGGAGUCUGGCAAUAACAGCUCAGAUAAGGAUAUGAUACCAUUUGAAAAAUCUCAGAUGCAUCAAUUUAUUCAUGAAGUUGAGGAGAGCAAUCUCUUUUUAAUGAGAAUCAUCGAAGAUGAGGAAUAAUAGUUUAAGAAGGAAAUGGAUAGAUGGCAUGAAUAAUAGAACAAUAUCAAGCAGAGAACCAAGGAGAUAAUGAGUAAUACUGAAAUAAUCUAACAAAAGAAAGACUUGCAGUAGAAGAUACUUUGGUAGACUGAGAAGAAAGUAGACCAUGAAUAUGAGAAGAUCAAAAAGAACUAGGCAUUAUAAAGUAAAGACUAGUUUGAUGAAGUCAUUCAAAUAAUUAAGGAUAUGCAUUUAAGGUUGCAUCCAGACUAGGAAAAGCUUGAGUAUGAUUAAUCUCAGAUAAGUUUGCAGUAGAUUCUUAAGCAAUUAGAAGACAAAGUGGGAUACUUAGCAGAGGCUAAUGAUCACAUUCAUUCUUUAGCCUAAAAAGACCAGUAAUUGAAUAAGGAAUUGACUGACAAGAUUAAGGUUCUCGAUGGAGCAAGGAAACUGAAGAAAUACUAGGAGCUAAAGGAAAGAGAAAAAACUAUUGAGAAAAUGAACUACGAAAAGAACAUGGAGAGAGUUAGGAGAACUGAAAAUGUUAAAGUAAUUGUUGGCAGGAAAAAUCAAAACAGAAGCUAGAAACCUGAAAGAGAUACUUAGAUCAAGUUAACUAAGCUCAAUCAGGAUGAAAUUGAUUUUCAAAAGUAUGUAAAUGGCAUCUGA